GGCGUAUUUCCCUGUAUAGUCCCUAGCGUUGAGCUAAUUGAGGAGGAAUAUGCUGACUCGGUCCUAACUCAGACUCUAAACUACAAUUGAACUGACACCGAUAUGAGCUGGAAUAUGAGAUGCACUUGGCGCCAAGAGAGAAAAGAAGGAGGGAAACAUACGAAGCAAGCAAGUGAGAAUACCUACCUAUAGCCGUGAUCUCUGCUUGCGACUCCAGUAGCUGUUGGAUUGCCGCUCAUCUUCCCGUCGUCUACCUCUCUUACCUUCUUCUUCACUGGCUUACCUAGUAAUUCGAUUUGCAUCAGCGCUACUAUGAAGGCCUCCCUUUUGUUUCUGCUCGUGGCGUUUCGCCGCGUCUGCGGUACCCCCAACCCGACGCUUCAAUGGGACCCAGAGACGACUAAGGACUGCAUCGAAUGGUACAACAACAGCGACGGCGAACCGUGCGAAUACGUACGCAGUCUGUUUGGGAUCGCCCCCGAGGAGUUCCAUGAAUGGAACCCCUCCGUCGGUCUCGACUGCCAGCCAUGGGAGUAUCAGUCGUACUGCGUCGUUACCAUGGAGAAGAUCAACAACACAAUCACGACCACUUCAUCUUCUUCCUCGACAACGACUGUCUCCACCACCUCUUCAGUCACGCCCGGACCCUCUCCUACCUCCUGGACCGAUAUGGGCUGUUAUGUCGAGGACCCCGUGCUGCCUAUCCUCGAGGAGAAAUUGAGCCCCGAGGGUGGCGAUGCAGCAUUGUCUAUUCCCAAAUGCGAGAACGCAUGCUAUCUCAAGGCGUAUGGCUUUGCAGGCGUGCAGGAGGGGAACCAGUGCUGGUGUGGCAGCUACGUGGGCGGCGAGUGGGCGAGCAACCAGACUUACUGUAACACCACCUGCACCGGCGAUAGCAAGAUGUUCUGUGGCGGCAAGGGACUGGUCAACGUCUUCAAGGCCGAGCAGAACGAGGCGUCUACUAACACUACUACUACUGCUACUGCUGGGACCUCCAGUACGACUACGGCAACAGGGUCUACUAUCAGCGAGACUUAGUCGUCCAGGGCAAUCAAGAACCUAGCAAUGCUUUAAAGGGUUGGGGUUGACUUGAUUGUCCCCCCCCUUGUUUUCCAUGUGCAUAGGCAGACCUAAUCAAAAUAUAGCACUGGUGGUGAUGGAACAUAUGGCCAUUAGGACAUCUAGCUGUCUACCUAGGUCAGGGCGUUAUAGAAGGACAGGGGGCGAAGGGGGGUAUAUAAGCAAUAGCUCCAUGACAUAGAUAUAUAAGUAAUGUGACGAAAUAAGCAUUAAAUAACAUAGCGCUAAGUUUCCUAA